AUGUACACAUUCUAUUCUGAAGCAACUUCUGCGAAGAAGGUCUUUUCCUUCAAGAAGCUGCCUGGCAACCUCAAUCUGCCCCCAGACGAUCAUACAUCGCCUGCCGUGUUCACCAUCCUUUCGAAAUUGAACUGUGGCAACCCCGCCUCGAUGUCGUUCGGUCCUGCCUCCGGAAAUGGUUACGGCAUAGGGAAUGUGAUCAGAGGAUGGAAUAUCCAUAUAAGAUGGCGUUUCAUCCUAGACGUACCUCGUUUCUUUGAUGGAUACCUGUAUGAUGUCCGGCGGAUAGCACUCAUCCAGUUUCACCGAUCGGCAAAUCAGCAUCUAGCACCUCUUUUCCCCGGUUACUGGUCAUCCACAUUACUCGCUUGCGAUGGAUUGCAGUCCAGUUUCGGUCCAGGUCAUUGUUUCGUAAUAUAUGUGAUCAAUUGGAUUCCAGACCUUUUUGGAAUAGCAUUGGACUCGCACCUGAACACUGUUAGAAGACUGAGUAAAAUCAUUGUGGUAAUGGCGUUGACGCGACCCACAACAUACCACUGCAUCAACAUCUCCACACCCCGGAUUGUUGUCAUGAACUGGUUCACUAGGGUUGACCCCGUCAAAAAAGAAGGUCAAGCCAAAGCGUAUUCAGCAAUACAACCUACAGAAGUCCACACGUAUGAAUCUACUAUUAUGAUUCAGUCUUUGUCAACUUCACUAAAUGCUGUGGCAACGAACACUGCGGAGCCCAUUCUAAACAACCCCUUCUUGGACAAUGCCCUACAAGUCUUAUCCCAGCUUUCCGAUGUCGGCAAGGCAUUGCCAUUCAUCAGCCCCGCUUUUGUCCUUUUAAAAGUCAUCGUUGACAUCGAGCAGAGAGCUCAAGAUGUCGAUGCCAAGUGUAACGAUCUCCUCGAACGAAUCACGUUCAUGCUGAGCCACAUCCCUCUUCUGAGGACGAUGGAGGUCAUGCCUGCCACACGGCAAGUCAUCGACCGCAUGAUCGAAUCGCUCAAACAGGCCGCAGCACUGAUAACCUCAUACCGAAGGCAGAGCACCGUUGCCCGCCGACUCAGCAUCACUAAUAGGGACAAGUUUACCACUACCGCUCAUAGUGUCAACACUUGCUGCCAGGACCUGAUGCUCAGCCUUCAAAUUCACCAAUCGAGCAAAAUCGAAAUCCUUACUCGCGACAUCCCGAUUGACGACGACGACAAGGCGGCGGAGACAUUCGUCGCGGAACAUGGCAGUCUUGAGGCAAUACAGCACGAUAGGGAGCUCGUCAAAGAGUUUGCACAGCAGCAGCACCUCGUCAUGGACGACACCGUGAUGGACCAGCUGAACGCCAACGUCACAGACAUCAUCCAGCAAAAUCAGGCCCGUCUGGAAGUCAUUUUGAAAGAUAACGUUAACUCCGCCGUUCUUGAUGGUUUCAAGGGUUUGGUUGCAGAGCUAAAUGCCGCUGAGUCCGAGCAGCGUUUCCACUGUGUGCAAUGUGACAAGGAGUUCACUAAUGCCACCAACAGACUCAAGUCUUGCUCUUUCCAUCGCGGGGAAUAUGAUUCAUGGGGGCAAAGCUAUCCUUGCUGUGGAUACGUUGACACUGUUGACGAAUGGGCAUCUGUUGAGGACACCAACCUUGAGGAUGACGGAGUGAAGAAGGCAUCUGUUGGCCAGCUUCUGCGCUGGGUAUCUCGUGGUGAACGCCUGGAUGAAGCAACCAUCCUUAUCAGCGUUGGUACAAUCUGGUACACCGAACCAUACUACUUCAACACGUUCACUGCCAAGGAGAUGGAAACGAUCACAAGAUCUGUUCGUCUUAGUCGGCGGACUCUCAUCUUUCGAACCUCAACCAGCGAGAGUGAGUUCGCCAUGGCCGAAUGGAUCCUAUCUGUUUCCGGUAAGAUCACAGGUGUCAGGCUCACAGCCAAAUCUGCUACAUCGACGAACCCAUAUGUCCGCGUUUGUCCCAUUGACAUGGCCAAGGGAACGAAGUCAGGCGACAUAAUGACUCUUUCCGAAGGAGGGAUGCGAUCGUACACACCCGCCUCACCCUACAUUCUCCCUGCUACCAUCCGAGCAGGACCAGAGAUCAGCGACAUCCAGGUUCGCCCUCCCCGUACCAACUUCAAGACCAAAACGUCUCCGGCCCUCCGCGUAAUUCUCAAAACGAUGUUGGACCCACCAUUGAAAGCCAAUCCAGAACUAGCGAGCUCGAAGGUGGAUUACUUUCAAGGUGUCGUGUCCAUGUUCAAUAACAACGCUGCGGCUUCGAACAACCCCAUCACUAUCGCCUCUGCCUCUGCUUCCUAUCGCUUAGUUGGGGAUCCCACUUACAACCCUUGUGAGGCCCUCAAACUCACAGAUCGUGCAGAGCUGCCUAUUACUAUAGAGCCACGCCAGUCGUGGUCUCUGAAAUUUGAGGCGGCUGUGCCGAGGUCAGAGGAAGAUGUGAAGCUUGACGUCAAAUGGUGGAAUCACGCUAUCGUUGCACGUCAUAGGCCUAUCCGGAUCAAAAUCACUCUGGAAGACAUCGAAGGCGAGGAAUGUUCGCUUGUGCUCGAAUAUGUCUUUAAGCCAUACCCUUUCAACAAAUCUGGCGCCAACGAUAUUGGGGAGUUCUUCUUUGAUGACCCACUUAUCCUGCAGCGCCAUUGUAUCCGGGUGGAGAAAUGUGACGCUGGUGGGACUGGCGUGGUGAAGAUUGCUGGGAAUGAGAUUGAGACGAAGCGCCUUGAGAAAAUUGUAUAUCGGGCGCUGAAAACUGGGAAGACAGAGGUUGAUUUAGAGAUUGGACAGGAGAAGGAUUAUGGGACGUGGGAGUGGGCUGCAUCGGCGCUCAUCGACUUCUUUUGCCGCCGAGUUUAUGCCUUCAAAAUCAUGGUGAAAGAGGGAAAGUCAGUGGAGAAGAAAAGGCUCGGGUGUCUUGGCUACGUGUUGUGCCCUCCGUACGGAGAGUGUGUGGAUAAGCAGCGUCCGAUCAGCUAUGCUACGGAAUUCGUCAAGCUGGCCCAACUGGAACCGUAUCCAGUGCAACAGAUCGUUACGGAUGAUGCCUUCGACGAUUUCAAGCCGGUCGUUCCUCCCAAACCAAUCAUUUCUCCUGUCUCUCCUACCUCACCUUCAGCUCAACCUCAGGUUCCUGGAGACCCCGCUCAACGGUUGACUUCGAUUGAUUUUAACCUCUCCCGCAUUGCUACUGCACUCGAGAGACUUGUUUCGCAUGUGGAAGGCCAGGUGCCACCGUUCGGUUAG